GAAUGGCGUAAUAAGAUUUGAGAGCCUACUACCACCGAAUGCUGCAAGCAGCACACCGAACCUUCAGGUCCCUCAACAACAACGACAUGGUGACCUUGAAUGGAGGAAAGAAACAGAUCAGACUGUGCGAGGUUGUGGGACUCCUUUUAAUGAUGGAUUGAACCUGAAGCACCGUGACUGGGACAGGAAAAACAGUGGCGCUCCAUCGUCCUGCCAUGGAUGGAUCAGGUGUUAAAAAAGUGAGUUGCUGCUGACUGUUUUCUUAGAUUGCAGUAGCGGAGGAAAGAGAGAGGUCAGCGUCUAGGCUGGUGACCAUCUGCCUGACGUUUGGCUGACUUUUGGUCAACUGACAUUGAGUUGCAGUAGUGGUUUAGAUUGAUAUCUGUGCAGAAACUUCUAUGUUUCUGAGAAAAGGAUGAUAGAAAAUAUUGCAUCUGUAUUGGACAUGUAUUGGAAUAGUACAGUCUGUGCUGCUGUUUUUAAUCAAUAUCUAAAAAAUUAGAUGUGUAUUGUCCUUUUAAUAAUCCACACAAUCCCUUGAUUUGAUUUGUUGUACUGGAGAACAUAUACUAGUAAUUUAACAUAAAAAAAAACAUUGCUAACCUAACAUUAUUUUCAACCUACUGAAAAUGAUUACAUAACCAGGCUGUUGCCGUAGCGUUGCAACUGCACACCAGGAUGUUUCCUUUUUUUGUUGUUGUUUUUCAAAUAAGCAAAUGCAUUCAAAUUUCAUCUUUUCAGCUGCAUCGCAGCUUUUCUAAUAAACCCGCUGGAUGUGUUACCCUGUCCAGUUUUGUUUUUUCUUUUGCUAAUGUAGAUCCUCAGCUUGCUCCACUGCAAUGUUUCCCUGGCAUCAAAAGAUGUAAAUCAGAUGGACUAGAUUAUCUGUAGGACUCUCUCGUCAGAGCUGCAGGUUUGGGCUGGAACAAUGUCUUUUAUCAGAUCAGACACCUGACACAUUAUCUCUCAGCUCAGCUUUCUUGCAGCGGGCCCCGGGGAGAAACGGGAUAGGGAGGGUUACUGUGUGUGUGUGCGUGUGUGUGUGUGUGUCCGCGACAGAAAAAGUGAAAGGCGCAAUCCCUGGAGACAAAAAGCCAGAGGAUUAUUAUGCUCAGCAACGGGGCGGUUUUCCACAGAAACUUCUUCAACAAAAAAACCAAUUGGUUGCCCCGACUUUGAAGCUGGCUGCUCAGACAAAACCAGGAUAUGGAAAUCACAAAAGAGAGAUGCCCGUUGGACCUUUGCCUCUGGCUCAUAAUUCUGCAGCCGACAGCGGCGGAUCUGAAAUCAUUCAGCUCAGAAAAAUCAACGGCUCCUCAGCAGAGACGCCGAGCUACCAGCACCUCCACCGGGAGCUGAUGCUCAGUCACAAACGAGGCCUGCUGCUGGAGGAGAAGCCAGAACUGAAGCGGGUUCUGGAGCAGCGCCGACUGGAGCUGCACAGGGAGGAGGAGAUGGCCCAACGACGGCCCUCCGACCUGGAGACGGAGCUCCGAAAGAGGCAGCAGAAGCUGCAAGAGUACGAGCAGGAGGAGAUAAGGCAGCGGGAAAACCAGAACAAGAUCCCAGAGUUUGUUCGCGUCAGAGAGAACCUGAGGCGCACACAGACGUUCGAUCAGCCCUGAUCUGCUCCCAUCAGCCAGUGCGGCCUCUCACCGUUGUGGCCCUAAAAAUGUUUUCUGCUCACAGCCUGCUGAGCUGCAACAACAAACCAGAGACACCGGCGUAAUUUAACAUUUGCAAAUUCACUGUUAAUUGUAAUGAAAAAACUUUGUCCACCUUUUAGAAUAUUUAUAUAUAGUUUUAAAAACUCAUUCACAGUUUUGUUCUUGGUGAGGGGUGAAGUGCUCCGUUUGUUUUCCUUUUUUUUUUUUUUUCUUUUUUAACUAAAAAUUAUGGAUUAUUAUUAUUGGCUGAAUGAAGGCAACACUGUUCUGAUUCUGAAUGUUUUUUUAUGUUUUUUUUAUGCUUCCUAAUUUGCUUGUUCCAUCCUCAGUUUUCUGUUCCAGUCAUAAUAUCAUCAUGUCAUGUUAUGUCAGAUUCUUUACAAUAUAUGUACUAAAAAGAAAUAUUUUCAACAGCACUGUUUUAUAUUAGUAAGACGAACCUCCCAACAUUACAAAAAAUACAAGUUUGUUUACUUGUUUC